AACAGUAAGAAAAAAGAUUUUGAAUUUUGAGUGCUUUGAUAUCCUACAGAGUUGUAGUGUCUAUUUAUACCAAAUGGAGACAUCCCUCCUAAAGGUACUAACGCGAAUAUUGUUUUCGUAACAUUUGACAAAUCAUGCUUAAUAAUUUAAUCUAUAGUUAAGAGGGCGGAACAACUUGCCUUACCAAGAUCAUCCCGAUGGGGUCAAACCUGUAACUUUCGUAUUUGUUUUUAUGAAUGCUUCUGAUUCCCACAUCUAUUCAUUCAUCGAUGUCUGGGUUACUCAUCUCUUUACUCCCUGAUGUGGACCAAACAUUAAGCUUUCAAGCCGACCACCACAGUGUAGACGGAUGCACACCGGCUUAAUGUGCGAGGGGCUCUGGAUUCGAGUCCCGGGUGUUUGACUGGGCGAGCGUGGUGGUGGCAAGCGAGUACGUGGAAGCCAUGCCGAGUGAUGGCAAGAGCAGGAAGCUGCUGUUGCAGGACCUGGCCGGCUUGGCUCACGUGGACAUCAAGUGGGAUAAGAAUGGUUGUACCGUGCUUUUCGGAGCCUGGGAGCACAUCGUGGAAGCUCAGGUGGUAUUGGCGAAUUACCUCUCCACCUUGAAGAAGAAAACACCGCAUAACACCGAGGAGAAUCCCGAUCCUGUGCCAUCAGAAAAUAAGCAGUGCAUCCAGUUGUAUCCAUCCCCUAAGACAACACCAACUGCCUUGUUGCGCUACUACAGGUGCAAGUAUUUGAAUAGACAGCUUCGCACUCAUCCUAAGAAGAGAAAAAUCAGAUAUAUGUCUAAGACAAAAUGUGCUAGUUUGAGACUUGACGAGAUGGACAAGCCACCAGAAAAAGAAGUAUACGUGAAUAUUACCUUGACACAGCCUGCUAACAAGUGCAGUGAAGUUGUUUCCGUGUUGGACAACAUUGCGAUCCCGUUGGACUUGUCUGUUGAGAAAAAAUACUUGCAUGCAAAAGAAAAUUGCCCUUGUAAAGUGGAAAAAUUCUCAGAAGUGCUUCAAGAAGAUGCUGUGAACUGUAGCAAGGCCGAUAAAGUAGAUUCUGGUAAUGAUAUUGUGCAUCCAGAGAAGGAGAGGAUAUCUGUCCCUGACCCGUCUGCAGCCAAGUUGGCAAAUCGCAAGAUGAUAAAGAAAAACUAUGAAGAGUUAGCCCCGUACAAGUUUUUCUGCCCACUUUGUUCAUUCAAAACGAAACGUGAAAGCCAUUUUCAGCACCAUGAAGAACUUCAUAAGCAGGCCUCACAGUUGUUCUUCUGUGAUAAGUGUGACUUCUCCACAAUACGAAAAGGGUAUUUGUAUCGCCACAAAAUGACUCACAGUAAUAUAAAGUAUUAUUGCAAUCUCUGUCAUUACUUUACAGAUCAGACACGGUUAUUGUCAAAGCACAAACGUGUAAAGCACGAAAAUAGCAAAAAUCAGUCAUCAAGCAAAACCUUAAGUUGUGCAGAAUGCAAAUACACUACGAAUAGACGCCACCUCAUGCAGAGGCACGUUCGAACUCACGAGGCCGUGACUGGAGUGGGGCAGUGCAGAUUCCAGUGCAACCAGUGUCCGUACAGAGCCAGCCGCAAGGAGCACUUUGUCCGACACGUGAACAACGUGCACAAGAACAGGCGGCCGUUCCUCUGCGACAACUGCGGGAAGGCGUUCAAGAGGGCGGACGCACUCAAGCAGCACAGGGUGGUCCACGCUGACUCCGACCCGCGCGCCAAGUGCGUGGUGUGUGACAGGGUGUGCCGCUCCCAGACGCAGCUCAACCAGCACCUGGCGGUGCACUCGAACGCGCGCCCCUUCCUGUGCGAGAUCUGCGGCGCCGCCUUCAAGACGAGGGCCGUGCAGCGCACCCACGAGCUCACCAUCCACAAGAACCCCCAAGCGUUCCCUUGCACGCAGUGUGCUAGGAAGUUCAACACCAAGUUUGCUCUGAGACGCCACACCAAGCAGCACAGCCAAGAAGACACUGAAGCGCAGGAAGAAAAUUUGAACUCACUGGCCAGCGAGUCCGAGGCAGUGGCGAACAUGCAACUGGACGGUGAUCUGCCACAGUCCGAGGCAUUCAUCAUCCCAGAUCCUGUCUAUGCCGUGGACAUUGCCGACAACCACCCACUAGCUCUGCAGCUUCUGAGCUUUGUCCAGUGAAAAACACAAUCUUACGCCCCGUCUCGCCGGGGUUCCAACGACAGCGUUACAGCUCUAAGGUUACAGAUGAGCAGUUACCAGUGCAGUGGCCCUCAUGAAAUACAGUAGAACCCCACUGGCUUGGCUUGCUGAUCGUUCUGUGCAUUCACGAAGAAGUGUGUGCGUGUGAACCGACUGUAAGCUCCAGCAAGCCGUGUUGUGUGUGUUUUGGAAAGGUCACAAUUUUCUUUGUUUGGAAGCAAGCCCUGUAGUCAUUGUCCUAUGCGAUGUUGUUAUCCGUAUCUGGGAUGAUGUUGCAACCAGUCCGUCAAAGGGCUCUGCCUACUCGGACACGUACGGUAUGCAGAGCUCCAGAAGAAACCACACAAUUUGAAAACUGCUCAAGAUAUCAGAGUAGUGUCAGUUUACAAAAAACAUUUAAGAAUCCGCUGAUGGUGGACGAGUAGUUUUGUUUCUGCAUUUUGUUUUUGAACUAUAUUCUAAGCAGAAUGAAAAAGUGUUUUCAGAGUAAUUUUUAGACAUAAAACAUCCAAUACAGAUUCAUGAAAGCACUCGAGGGACUUCCAUUACACCUUUAUCUUCAGUUCUACACCAUAUAAUGUUAUAGUUGCCCUAUGCACGAGAAGACUGCGUGCUAGUUCAAAGGCGAUAUGCGCUACAAGCACCAGCAAGCGUUGCACUAUCAUCCCGCCUCACUAACAGACACUAUGUAGGUGAGCACCUUGAGAAAUGAGUAGGGAUGUGCGAAUCAUUGAUUUUCAGUUCGGUUCGAAUCCAAUUGGAAUCCCUGGCAAUAUUUGAGAUAUGAAUCCGAUUCCGAAUAUUAAGCACAGAAUAAUUAAAAAUAAUGUGUGUUCUUUUUUUUCUAACUGUAACUACUGGCAAUUAUUUCUUACACUGAAAUUGAAAUGUUUAUAAUUAUAUUAACUUAAUUAAUAAUAAACCCUCUAAACGAUGAAAUUCAAAA